ACGCGGCGAUUGGCUGCGCAGCGUGACUCGGUGAUUGGCUCCUGUGAAUGGGGAGGAUUUGAUUGGCUGCCAGCAUAGACGCUUUUUUGACUCGGCAGGAAAGAUGGCGCUGCGGGCCCUGGUCGGUGUCAAGCGGGUCAUAGACUAUGCUGUGAAGGUGCGAGUGAAGCCCGAUAAGACCGGCGUGGUCACCGAUGGCGUGAAACACUCGAUGAAUCCCUUCUGUGAAAUUGCGGUGGAAGAAGCCGUCAGGUUAAAGGAAAAGAAGAUUGUCAGUGAGAUCAUCGCCAUCAGCUGUGGCCCCCAGCAAUGUCAGGAGACCAUCAGGACAGCGUUGGCCAUGGGAGCAGACCGCGGGAUCCACGUAGAUGUGUCUGCAAAGGACGCAGAGACCCUCGGACCUUACCAGGUCUCUAAGAUCCUGGCUGCAGUGGCAAAGAAGGAAAAUGUGAACCUGGUGCUUCUGGGAAAACAGGCCAUCGACGAUGACUGUAAUCAGACCGGGCAGAUGACGGCCGCUCUGCUGGACUGGCCUCAGGCCACUUUUGCAUCAGAGGUUAAAGUGGAAGGCGAUAAGCUGACGGUGGUCCGGGAGGUAGACGGAGGGCUGGAAACAAUCAGCAUGAAGGUUCCGGCCGUGGUAACUGCUGACCUGCGACUAAACGAACCGCGUUACGCCACUCUGCCCAACAUCAUGAAAGCCAAGAAGAAGAAGAUUGAGACCGUGAAGCCAUCAGACCUUGGGGUGGACACUGCCAGCCGAAUACAUAUACUGAGCGUGGAGGAUCCGCCGCAGAGACAGGCCGGCGUCAAAGUGGAAACUGUGGAGGACCUAGUGGGCAAGCUGAAGGAGAGCGGCUGCAUCUAAUUCCAGCCUCGCUGCGGACCCCAGAGGAGCGGGUCUCAUCAUCACCCGGCUAUGCCGUCCCCCCUCACCCGUCGGUGCCUUGCCCGGAUCACUGCGGGCCACUGGAUACGAUUGUAGCGGCUUCUCUGAAUACACGGGGCGAUGGGCGCAGGAGAAGCAAAUGGAGAUCAAUGGGGUUUUUGUUUUAUUUUGUUUUCUCUGUAAUUAAACCUUGUCUAUAA